AUGAAACCCUCUUCAAUGAAGAAGUUUUCGUAUGCAGCACAUUCGAACCAAGAACCUAUUCCUAAUUCAAAAAAAUCAGUGCCAGGCCCUACAUCUCUGGCACAAUUUGUUGCAAUAGCUUUGUUUAAAAUAUUCCGUAAGCCCGUUUCAAUCGAUGCGAUGACGAAGGCUGGGAUUUAUCUAUGUUUGGCCACGGGGGGCUCUCUAAUAUUUGAUAUUUUAAAGAUUCCACCAUCAUAUUUCUCUAACAGUUACAAUUUGCUCAAUCAAAUCUUCGCAAAAUGGAGUUGGGGCUGGACUUGUUGCUCCCUUGCCAGCUUUAUCGUAGUUUCUUCAUAUAUAUUUACUGGUGGUAAGCUGAGCUUGAUGCGCUCCCAUUUAUUACGCUUGGUUUUUGGCUCAGCCUGCUGGUACAUAUUUAAUGGCCUUUUUAACUUUGUUGAAAACAAAACGGGGCAAUGUCAUCCACUCAACUUAACAUUGAAAUCAACCCUGCUUAGGCCCGAUAACAAGCAUUUAUGUCAUAGACUUGGUGGCCACUGGCUCGGCUUCGACAUAUCAGGACACUGUUUCAUUACUUCCAUGUGCAACCUCUGGAUAACGGAGGAAUUACGUUGCAUGCUUUACUGGCAUAAACUCGCCGAAAUUAUAAAGCCAUAUGACAACGAUUUUUCACCGUCUUCAAAUCCAGUUAAGUUUAACAAUUUUUCCCUGAGAGAUGUAAAUAUUAUGCGUUCCGCCUUUCGCCGAUUGACUGGGGCUGCAAGAUUUGCGUUUAUUGUUCUUGCAUUUUUAUCCGUCUUAUGGGACGUUGUUUUCGUCUCAACUAUAAUCUACUUUCACAAUCUACCUUCAAAGCUGUUAGGCACUUCAUUUGGAGUUUUAGCCUGGUUUCUUGCCUAUCGCAUAAUCUUCCCCAGCGCAAAGAGUGGCGAUUGGCAUGGCUUCGCACCCGGCAUGCCCGGCAGUUGCGCAUUAGAUUUUGUCCCAAGUAAAUAA